AGCAACUACCCCGCUUAAAUCUAUUUCUAUAUUUCGACGAAUUUCAUUUUAUUAUUAAACUCAUUUACGAAACACAUUUAAUUGACAGGAAAAUCAUUGACCAGCGUAGCCGGCCGUCAACUUGUCGCAGGUGUACGAAACAUAAAGCAGAAAUUAAAAAUCAAAUAAACUUAUUACUCAGUCAACUACGGUCGAAGACGCGUGCGUGCACCAUAAAAAUUUACUCAAAGUGAAAUGCUAAUAUUAUUGACAACGGAAUAUGAAUACACUGCUGAGCAAUUGGUUAAAAUCCAGGAACUACGUGGUUUAGUGAAAAACUCGAGUGAGCUAGAGGUAGGCACCGAUGAUGUAUACCUUUCAAAAUUUCUAAGCUACUGCGGUUGGCAAGUCAAAGAGGCUUUUGAAGCCAUUAAUCGAUAUUACGACUUCAAACACCACAAUCCAACCUGGGUAGCACAGCAUCCAGUAGUUUAUUUUAAGGACAUGAUAUAUCAUACUCUUUGCAAAUAUAUAAUGCCUAAACCAGACAAGGAUGGACGUAUCAUAUUUGUAUCUAAAACUGUUGAUGCAUUUAAAAUAUUUCCCAAUUAUAUAAACGACAUUAUAGAAUUGGAUGAUUUGAUUUUCGAAUCGAUUUUACUUCUGCCUCAGGUACAGAAAUAUGGCCUCACAGUUAUAAGCGAUUUGAGUGGCGCCAACAAACGCUUUCUGCGCUUCGCCUCUCCUGCUAUGGCCAAAAUUGUGAAUGCCAAAAACGAAGUAUUGCCAUUUACAUCGCGCAUUGUACAUGUCAUCCAAAAGGGUAUGUUUUUGAACGCCACAACCAAUCUGAUGAUGUCCUUUGCUAGUAAAGAGUUUAAGGAAAGGAUUCAUAUCCAUGAUGGAAAGAAUUUUGAAAAAUUACGGAAUAUGGUAGGAUAUGGGAAUUUACCAGCCGAGUACGGUGGUCCUAAGGAGAAUGAAUUGGAUGUCAAUAUUUUAUAUGAGCACUUAUUGCGCCACAGCAGCUAUCUUUCGCAACUUCAAAGCUACCGGAAAAAAUUUGUUUCGUAAAUUUGGAUUCUGUAUAGUAAGAUGUUGGCAAAAAGAAUGAAAACCUAUGUUUAAUAAUUUUAAAUCAAAUGUUUGUGUUCUAGUAAAAAAUG